AACACUCACUCUUCGUGCUGCCGCAAACUGCCAUUCAACUCGUUUAUUGUAUUACUGUCUUGUUCGCUUCCGUUUCCUCUGAUUUUCGUGGCCAUUACCGUCAGCCGCCGCCUUGGCAGAAACCUCCGUCUGCCGCCGUUAUGGACUCAACAACUUCAACACCUUCGCAUGCCACGUUCUCCGGAACAGCUGGAAUCUGUUUAAUGAGAAAUGAUUGGAAAGAGGAUCAACAUCCAUCGUUCAUCAAUUUUAUCUCCACUUUCCUCUCUGCAAAUUCUUUUCGCCUAAACUUUGUCCCGAUUGCCCCAGACUUUAUAUUCAACUGUGGGGGUUUAUCUGUAGCCUUCAUUUUUGUGACAAACUGGGACUGCUACAAUGUUGCUUCAAUCUUCAACAGAGUUAAGAAGCUGAAGAUGCAAUUUGCAAGGUUUUACGUGGUUCUCGCACUCCCAGCAAAAGAGCAAAUCAAUUCAUUUAUUCAGUCAUAUUUCACAUUUGGUAUGGUGAUUGGCAAGCCUACAUUUGUGCCAGUUCAGGACUUGGAGAUGGGGUUUGAAAAGAUGGUAAAAAUAGCUCAUUCUUCUGGAGUAUACAAGCAAGAAAGAAUUGGAGAGAAAUUGAAAGAUGAGAGGAAGCAGUUGGUGCAAAGAAUGGACUUUUACCUUAAGGUGGUUACAUCCAUCCCAGGCAUUGACAAUCACGAUGCAAAUGCGCUCAGUCAAGCUAUUGGUUCUGUCCAAGCAAUUGCAAAGGCGUCAAAAGAGAAAAUUCUAGAGAACACAGAUCUUUCUACCGACAAGGCAGGGUUGGUUUCAAGGUUUCUCAGGGACCCAAAGUUUUACUCGCGUCCUAAGAUCAAUUGAUGGCAGAGUAAUCCAGGUUGGACUUGUUUUUUGCCAAAUGAAAUAAACACUCUUCUGCACUGUUUUUAUAUGGGAUAUUUGUUAUUUUCUUUAUCUUGUUAACUUCUGUGAAUCUGUAUAAAAUAAUACUCGUAGUUUCAAAUUUUGUUGACUGACAACCAUCAUAAGAAAGAACCAUUUUCGUGUUAUUUCCGAUGAUGACAUGCAGGUGUAGGCUCUUAGUCUUAUAUCUUGGUUUGAAGAAGUAUUAAUUAAUGAUAGACGGAAGCUUGACUAAAAAACACUUAUAGCCCCUUAGUCUGUUCUUAGGUUACAAUGGAAUGACAACCAAAUCCCAGGCCUUGCUGUCUGAUAGUUAUAUAUAUUAGAAGAAAUUGAUGUGUAGACUUAUUCUGGAAUCACGAUAUAUUCAUUUACAUUUGAGAUUUUCGUACACUAGUUUUUGUUAUUCUACAAUUAGCAAAUAUAAUUAUUUAUGUAUUUUCUAAUUUUCUUUAUCAUCGUGUGGUUUCUAUUAUUAUUUUUACUUAAAUAUGUGAAGGUUUUUUAUGUGAUUUGAUGUCGUGUUCAAACCCAGCCUUUAUUAUUUAAGAUAUUUCGCAAUCCAAUCGAGAGAAAUUAGCUUCUUCCGUAGACAUAGAGAAAUUAUAUGAUCUUAAAUAACUUUCACAUUGCCACGUAAUUACAUUUUUCAAUUUUUUAAAAUUGGAAUUAGAUAUCACAUUAUGAGUAUCAUUCUCAUAUGUUUCUAGAUCAUGCUAUAGUUUCUGCUAAAUGGGAUAAUUAUUGAUUUUAGUUUCUGAAUUGUAUUGGCUUCUGACAUCUCAUUUAUGAAAAUGACAUCAGUGAUCCUUCGUAUUUAUCAUAGAGAAAUGUAGUUUAUAAACCCUUGUUCCCAGCCAUGACCAUGAUCGAAAAUGGGCCUGCAAGGUAAUCUUCCAUCUGUUUUUCUUUUCCCGCAAUUUCUAGUUGUCUUUAGCCCCCUUGGUCUCGUAAUAAAACAAAACUAGAAGUUUCUAUGUGUCAUGCUUUGAUUAUGUAAAAAUGCGUUGUGCAUAGCCUAACUUUUUUACGCCACAAUUAUUUAAAAGAUUUAAUGAUUCAUGAACAUAUAGACAAAUUGGUAAUAAUGCAGUCCAUUAAUGAUUUAAUACUAAUACUUUUGCUAGAUUCAUUGUUUUUAGUAGUGUCGCUGAAAGGAAAGAUCUUGAACU